AUGUCAUCGGCGGACCAUCCCGAUCCCGAUAGACAGACCGAACGCGUCAAUCGCGUCAUCGAGGAUCUUCUGCGCAGCUACGCUGUGUCCAAGCCUCGAACGUGGAGCUCCCUGUUCCAACAAGUUGAAUUCGCGUACAACGCGACGGUUCACGCUUCAACCGGUUCGUCCAUGCGCCAAUUGGGUAACAACAUCGCCCACGAGCAACAGCAGAAAGCAAGACAAGCGAACGAGAAAGGUCGAAGCAACACGACCAAGUUCGAAUUGGGAGACUUAGUCUACAUCCACAAGUCGGCGGUCCCUCCGACUGUGUUGGGCAACCCUAAGCUCCAGGCCUCUUGGAUCGGGCCUUUCCCUAUCAAGAAGAUAGUCCGCGCAACCUCGUUGCGGCUCGAACUGCCAGACGACUGGCGAAUCCACCCGACGUUUUAG